AUCCACGCCGGGCUAAAACCUCACCUUUCAAUCAAGGCCGCUUUUGUUAUUCAGAUCAAACCAGUGUGUGAAUAGGGCAUUCGUUUUCAAUAACAUAGCAGAAUGUCAGUUCAAAAUCUCGCAAAAGCACUGAAAUUGCAGUCCGCAAGACCACUAUGGAAGAUCUUUCAAAGGAGUUACUAUCUUUAUUCGCCGGAACCAAUCCACCCACUGCCGGAUCGGGUCCCUGACUGGAAGACAGCGGAUGAGGCGGUGCAAGUUAUUCAGUCAGGUCAGCGGGUGUUCAUUCAUGGAGCAGCUGCCACCCCAGUUCACCUCAUCAAGGCCAUGUGCAAGCACGGCAAGUCAGCUAACAUCCGUGAUGUGGAACUCAUGCAUAUCCAUACAGAGGGACCCGGGCUGUAUAAUGAACCAGAAUAUGCUGGGAUGUUCCGAUCAAACUCGUUGUUUGUGGGCGGGAACUCUCGUAAAGCAGUCAUGGAAGGCCGAGGCGACGCAAUCCCCAUUUUCCUUAGCGAGAUUCCACGAUUAUUCCGCCAGAAGAUCAUCAACCUUGACGUAGCACUCGUGUCGGUGAGUCCGCCAGACAAGCACGGUUUCUGUUCCCUGGGAACUAGUGUGGACUGCACGAGAUCAGCCAUUCAGAACGCCAAAUACAUCAUAGCGCAAGUCAACAGGCACUUGCCCCGCACAUUUGGUGAUGGUAUUAUCCACACCUCUCAUAUCGAUGCUAUGGUGGAAUGUAAUGACCCGCUACCGGAGCAUGGAAAGGGGUCAUUGACCGAUGAGGAAGUGAAGAUCGGGAAAGUGGUAGCGGAGAAUCUCGUGUCUGAUGGGGCUACACUCCAGAUGGGUAUUGGAUCAAUACCUGAUGCUGUGUUGGCACAGCUAGGCAACCACAAAAACCUUGGCGUUCACUCGGAGAUGUUCUCAGAUGGAGUUGUGGACCUUUGUGAAAAGGGUGCAAUAACCAACAACGAUAAGGUUAUCAUGACGGGAAAGAUCGUCAGCAGCUUUGCAGUGGGCACCAAGAAACUCUACGACUUUAUGAAUAACAACCCUUUUGUUGAGAUGUGCGAUGUUGCAUUUACCAACAACACAGCAGUUAUUUGCCAGAACCCCAAGGUGACUGCUAUCAACUCGUGUAUAGAGGUGGACCUCACAGGACAGAUAUGCUCUGACUCUAUCGGGACACGUAUAUACUCAGGAUUUGGAGGGCAGAUAGAUUUCAUACAAGGUGCUGCACUAGGGCUUGAUGGAAAAGGAAAACCCAUCAUUGCCAUGCCAUCUGCCACAAAAAGGGGGGAGUCUAAAAUUCAGGUCACUCUGAAGCCAGGAUCUGGUGUUGUGACCACACGGGCCCAUGUUCACUACGUGGUCACGGAGUACGGCAUAGCUUACCUGUUUGGGAAGAGUCUGCGGGAGCGAGCGUAUGAACUCAUACAGAUUGCUCAUCCGGAUCACCGGGAAUCACUGGAAAAACAAGCCUUUGAACGACUCAAGUGUAUGCCCACCAAAUUUAAAUGAAGGCCCUAUUCUGAUCUUAAACAUUAUAGCAUUACAUGUAUUAACAUAGGUGUAGAUGAAAAAUGUUGUACAUGUAGUAGUGUUUUAUAUGCAAACAGAUGAUUUUUCGAUACAAGAUUAUGUGAACGACUCAAGUGUAUGCCCACACCGUUUAAAUGAAGGCCAUAUUUUGAUAUUAUAUGAAUCUUUGUUAUUUGUUCUGUGUGUGAUUUUUAUGCCGCCCUUCGAAGAAGAGGGGGUAUAUUGCUUUGCUCAUGUCAGUCGGUCUGUCGGUCGGUCUGUCGGUCCGUCCACCAGGUGGUUGUCAGACGAUAACUCAAGAACGCUUGGGCCUAGGAUCAUGAAACUUCAUAGGUACAUUCAUCAUGACUCGCAGAUGACCCCUAUUGAUUUUGAGGUCACUAGGUCAAAGGUCAAGGUCACGGUGACCCGAAAUAGUAAAAUGGUUUUUGAAUGAUAACUCAAGAACGGAUAUGCCUAGGAUCCUGAAACUUCAUGGGUAGAUUGAUCAUGACUCGCAGAUGACCCCUAUUGAUUUUGAGGUCACUAGGUCAAAGGUCAAGGUCACGGUGACCCGAAAUAAUAAAAUGGUUUUCGGAUGAUAACUCAAGAACGCAUAUGCCUAGUUAAAGAAAUGUUUGUUACUGUAUACUUUCUCUUAUAAGACGCCCUCGCUUAUAAGACGCACCACGACUUGGGACUUUAUAAUGGGUUGAUUUAAGACUGACCAGUGUAUAAGACGCAGUCAAAUUUUGCCGUUUUCAUCAGCCGAAAAAAGGGAGAAGUUUGAAAAAAAUCAUCAAUUUUUCUUCAAGAAUUUUAUAUUUUGUAAAGGAUAAAUAUAGCAAGUAAUUUUGAAAUAAGAAAAAAGAUCGAAAAUAUACGAAUUAUGAUGUUCUCUCUGAAUAAGAUUAUAUUAGAAAUUGCACGUUCACUAGUGGGAAGAUGUAAUUCAGCACAUACACAAAUGUGCUGGAAUUUCAAUCAGAACUUGCUGUACACUUUGAUCACAUGACAUACCUGGGUUGAAAUAGUUAAUUGGAAAACAUUAUUAUUGAGAUAAUGACAUCAAUGCAAGCAGUGUCUGUCUUUUGAUUGGUUGUUUUGAACACACUCUACUUGGAAGCUGAAGUUAACAUUUCAAUUUUGGGAUAUAUAUUAUGGAUGUGUUUCAGUGAUGAACAUUUGACCGAACCAAUCAUAACGUGGGUUAUAUCCUCAUCCAGUCUUAAUCAAUAUGAUAAAUAAUUUUGAUUAUUAUGUUCUUCCUUCAAAUUAUGUUACAAUCAUGAUUGAAGCGGUACCAUUUUAAAUAUCAAACAAAUGGUUUAAUAUUUUAGUGUGAAGAUAUGCAUGCAUAUUUAAAAUUAUAUGUGGUGAUAUCUUGGCUUAAAAUUCUUAUACAUAAAAUACGAACUAUUAUCAGUAACAUGUAUAUAGUCAGGUGUUUUAUACCUUGCUGAGUCACAUAAUGAGCAAUAAGUGAUAUUACCUUUAAUGUAAACUACAUGUCCCUGCUGAUCUAUGACUUGUCGUUAAGGGUAUGCUGUUUAGUAGUAUUGAUUUAUUAUUGUUGUUCUUGACAAAGUGUAAACCUGUGCUAAACAUUUCGUUUACUUGGUUUUAAAUUAUUGGUUUGGUGCAUGGAAUUGUACUUUGGGAACUGUUUGACAAGCUUUUUGACACAAUGUUGCCCAUGAAAUGCCAAAUUAGUUUGGACCAAUAAUCUCAAUUCGUUAUACAAUUAUGUUUGUUAAAAGUAAUGCAUACCACGCUUAUGUCUUUAUAUAAUAUUUAAUUACUUGACACUUAUUUACUCUCCAUUAAGGGCAGGUAUGAAUAUAUUCAGAUCAGAGACAUAUGUUAUCUACAUCUCUGUUCAGACUUAGCUGUCAGUUCUCGUUAAUUUCAUAAUCCUUGAUGGAUUUUAACACAACUUGUUUCAUGUAUUUAGGUCAUGCAUACGAUGUGCAGAACAAAUAUUUAUCACACAAACUCAAGGUCAAGGUUAGACUAAAAGGUUGUAGGACCACAUGUUGUUCUUUAACACCUGUGAUUUACAAGGAUUUACAUUAAACUCGUUAAUCACAUCACAUAGAUUCACUGAUAAUUUCAGGUAUCCGUUGAAGCUUUUUGUUUCCUUUUUGAUUCCCUAUUUAUAAAUCUACCCAGAGUUUAUUAAUCUUUCCCUGUGACGGUUGGUCUUCAUUAUAAACAAUAUUUUACAACCAUGCAGUGCAAAAUAGUCAUAUGUUGCGCACAUCAUUUUACGUAAUUGUAAUUAUCAAUUUUGAGCUGUGCUUGAUACGUACAUGUAUGGUGCCUUGUGUAAUAUAAAUUGUUGUGGUGUACACGUUAAGGUACCGGGUAGGUGUUUUUUGUAUAUGUUGUCACGGGUUAUGUAAGAUCUGACACGAGUUUAUUUUUAACCAUAAUAAACAUUUUUAAAUUUUUAUUAAACGAGUUCAAGAAUUGUGUAAGUAAGCGAGUAGUAGUCCUAUUGAUUAGACAAUAUAGUUGUUAUACAAUAAAAUAACUUUGGCAUUGUACAAGAAUAUGAUGGCUUUAAAGAAUGUCGAUACUUAACUGAAGAAGUGUAUCUAUCGGAAAUGAUGUACCAGGUAGUAUCUUUUGAAUUGGAUAUUCAUAUUAUAAUGUUCUGAUAUUAAUCCAUUUAUGCCUAGUGGACUCUCCCAUCCUUCUAAAUUGGAUCAAUUUAUUUCCAAAAUUAGGGAUGUCUAGUAUAUUUAAUAAUUUAUUUCUAUAUUUAGGAUAUUUCUUACAGAAAUUCCUUUCAGCAAACAGCGCAGACCCUGAUGAGACGCCGCAUCUUUGUGUUUGCAAAGUCCUUUUUUCUAGACGCUAGGCAUAAAUGGGUCAACAUGAGCAUGAUUCAGUUUUGCCACCAAAUGUUUAGAGUUAAAAAGCGUUAUUAAAUUGUUCAGAUGGAAACAAAUAUUUUCUAUGUAUCUAGUUCCCUUUUAGCGCACAUUAGUGACAUAGAGAACUGUGUAUGUUGCUUGUUAUCAAAAACGUUUUCCUUAAUCUAGCAGAAAUCGUACCUAUAAUAUAUACCAUCAAAAAAAUUCAACAGUUUAUAGAAGGAUGUUAACAUGGUCCUUGUUAUAUAAUGUGUCGAUUUAAUAAGUUUAUGAUUGGCUGUACAAUAAUUUAAUUUUUUUGAAUACAAUCAAUGUUUUGUAUUCAGUAUACAAUGUUUUGCUUUUGAAUGCUAAAUUAACUUUUUUCUGGAAGUGA